CCGUCUUAGAUUCAUGCUUGACGCGUUGAAUUAGCUCAGUGGUGACAGUAAAUUUGUAGUUGUACGCGUCCAUUGUCCGCAGCACAAUCCAUCCUUUCAUAUACCCUUUCUCUAUAAAUAGCCUAUCGGCAGCCUUUUGCUUACCCAUCUCUUUCUUUAUAAAUCAGAAAACAAGUAUAUAACUUUCCAUUGGCACCCUGUUUUCACCUGAAUCUCACUCUUUUAUGAUUUGAGAUCACAAUUCUUUUAUGUGGUUUUGUUCAUAUUCAGGUCGUCUGAUCGGGUUAUAGAACUCAAGAGGCAUCGAGGGUUUUUUCUUCUUUCAGAAACAUUAAACCUUCUUUUCCAUUUUGGAUUUUGUUUAAGGACUCCACAGAUUCUCUGCAAGCACUUGGAAUAAGAUGGUUUGUUUGGUUUCUCGCACAGGAAGAGAGUCCCAAAGAUACAACAACUUGGGUUGCCGCCAAGUUGCCGGAUGCAUUCCUUACCGAUAUAAAAAUGGCAGUGAUGGUAACACUGUUGACACAGAUCAAUUAGAAGUCCUUGUGAUUAGUUCACAAAAAGGCCACGGAUUGACAUUCCCCAAGGGUGGUUGGGAACUUGACGAAUCACUAGAAGAAGCAGCUUCAAGAGAGUCACUCGAGGAAGCCGGGGUUCGUGGCAAUGUCGAGUGUGAGUUGGGCAAAUGGAGCUUCAUUAGCAAACGCUAUGCAACAUAUUAUGAAGGCUACAUGUUCGCUUUACUAGUGAAAGAGCAACUCGAUCUCUGGCCUGAGAAGAAUUUCCGCAGGAGGAUUUGGAUGACGGCGGCCGAAGCCAGAGAAGUUUGUCAACAUGGGUGGAUGAAGGAGGCCUUGGAUAAAUUGGUUGAAAGGCUUACUGCACCACAGCAGCUGAGGGAAGAUGAUGUUAACACCAAUUUGUUUUAUACAUAGAAUAGUUCAAUCACGGCCAUACAUAAAUCAUUAAAUUGUCAAAAACCAGAGGAUGGAAAGGUGGAUUACAUGAUCAGCUCAUCAAAUAAAGCCAAGUGUUAAUUAGUUUCUGGUUGAUCCGUGGAUUCCUGGAUUUUGUAAUUCCGUGACAAUAUAUGUACACAUACAUGAGAGAAAUAAAAGAGUAAAAUGGAAUUGUAGAAA